AUGGCCCCAGCGUCUCAGGAGCCCGAGUCCGCCUCCGCGACUACGACCAGGCCCGACAACGACUCGUCGGUGGACAACAUCGCCCAGGCCUACAAGGACCUCCAAAGAGGCGAGCAGGCUGCCAGCGCGCUCGAGGCGAACCUGACGAACCUUGAGAAUAGACUGGACGCCCUCCUAGCUGCCUUUGAAUCUUCCGAAGGAGGAGCUGAAGCUCCGAAGGACACGAACGACACCCACAAUGGAAACACCCCCAGCGGCCAGAAGCACAAUGAGGGGUCCGGGCCCGAUGCCUCAGGAGCGGCGAAGAAGCCUUAG